AUGUUGGAAGCCAUAGACAACAAAAAUCUAACGGCACUAAUUUUAUUGGAUUUAUCCAAGGCAUUUGACACUGUCAGUCAUUCGAUUUUAUUACACAAAUUGAGUUGUAUCGGUGCUUCACCCGAAGCUGUUAAAUGGUUCCAAGACUAUUUAACAGGCAGAUACCAAUACGUGCGCAUUGGAUCCACUAAGUCAUCAGCUCGCCCAAUAACCCAUGGCGUUCCACAAUGUGCAAUACUAUCACCACUUCUGUUUUGCAUCUAUAUUAAUGAUCUGCCAGGGAGCAUACAAUCGUGUAACCUUGAUUCAUACGUAGACGACUCAAAGCUUUACAAAUCAUUCUGCAUCUACGACUUGGAACAGACAACUAUCAAUUUAGAGGCAGAUCUACAAAUAGCAGCCAAGUGGUGUUUGGAGCUCCAAUUACUGAUCAAUCCAGAAAAAACUAAAUUCCUUGUAGUCGGUUCAAGACACAUGCUGCAGAAUGUACCUACAGAGAUAUCGCUAACAUUUUUAGGAAAGACUAUAAGACCUGUUUUAUUAGCUAAAGAUUUGGGAAUCAAUUUGGAUUCGUACCUAUCCUACGACGACCACAUAUCUAAACUCGUUUCGUCGUGUAUGAGAAAACUAUGUCAAAUAAAUCGCGUGAAGGAUAGUUUCGAUAAUGAAACAUUAAAAUUGGUCAUUGAGACACUUGUAAUUAACAAGCUUCUGUACUGCUCUACGGUGUGGUCCAACACGUCAUCUAACAAUGUCAAUAAACUUCAAUCAGUACAGAACUUCGCGUGCAGAGUUAUAUCAGGGGUAGGAAAGUUCGAUCACAUAACUCCGGCGUUGCGCGAACUAAAUUGGUUGCCAGUGGAAAAGUUAUUAUUGGAAAGGGAUACUGUAAUGGCUUACAAGUGUUUUAAUGGACUUGCACCUGACUACCUAGUAGAUAAAUUUAUAAAGCGUUCCGACAUACAUGAUCGAUCGACAAGAAAUCAUGACCUCUUGGACAUCCCUCUGUAUAAAUCUGCUGCAGGUCAAAGAACAUUUAAUUACCGGGGUGUUAAAAUAUGGAAUGACUUGGAUGAUAAACUAAAAAAAUAUUACAUCAAUAACAAUUUUUAAGAAAAAACUUAGGGAGAUUUUACUAAAAGAAUCCUAUUAAAUACAUUUAAUAUUUCAUACUCUUCGUACAUAUUUUAACUAAUUUUAAAUAAGUAUAUGUAACAUAGGUAGUUUUAGAAGUAAUUUAUAGUAAUUUUAAUAUGUAAUGUAGUGUUGAAAAGCCCUUAGGGGAACACGCAAUAAAGUAUCUAUCUAUCUAUCUAUCAACAAAAUGCAAUAGGCAUCUUUAUUACUAAAUUGUUUCGUACCACAAGAUGUAGCACCCUUCAGGUAAAUUGACAUAAUGACUAUAGACUAAAAUUUACAAGGUUAUAUAUAUAUAUAUAUAUAUAUAUAUAUAUAUAUAUAUAUAUAUAUAUAUAUAUAUAUAUAUAUAUAUAUAUAUAUAUAUAUAUAUAUAUGUAAACCUUGUAAAUUUUAGUCUAUAGUCAUUAUAUCAAUUUAUCUGAAGGGUGCUACAUCUUGUGGUACGAAACAAUUUAGUAAUAAAGAUGCCUGUUGCAUUUCGUUGAUUUGUUGUACCUUAAUUUAAAUAUGCUCUGGUUUUCCAUUGAGCACUUUGCCAAAAGUUUUUAUAACCAACGAAAUAUGAAAAUUACCUAUACAAACAUACGCCUUUCUAACAACAUCUUUUACUUUUUAAAAUGAAAUUUUUUCUCAAAAAAUGUCACUGUCACUAAAACUUUUGUAUAUAUUUGGGUGUAUCACUCUGUUUAUUAAAAUCUUAUGCUGGCCUCUUAUAUUUAUCAUAUAGGAAUAUGUUUCCUGCCCGAAAAAUUGCGCUCGUGAAAGUAAUUUAUGAUCUAAUGAUCUAAUUAUCUGAUAAGUGUAGAUCAGGAGUAGUCAGUGAUUACAAAAUUUGAUACAUUAAAAAUAUUGUUCUCCCUGUCUAUAUGAAUUCUAAAAGAUCGUUUCGGUCAUGACCUUCGUCAGCUAAAAUGAUGAUAAUUGCUGAGGUGGAAAAGCUAAUUACAUACAAGAUUAAAUAAAAGACAAAUUGAAUUAAAAAUCGUAAAAUGAGCAUAAAAUAUUCGUUAAGAUUCUCCCAUAACAUAUGCGUGAAAAAUUCAAAGUUUCUCAAACAAGACGCUAGGGCAAAUGUUGUUCAGAUUCCGCGAUUCUACCUUAUUUUUCAGGUCUGCUGCCGGCCGGGUCAGAUAGGUAGUCAGUUGGUUGAUCGUCGGUUAGUAACAAUUGACUAAAACAUCAACAUUCUUUUUCAGGCAACCAAAGUCUCACUGAACUUCAAUUGAUCGGUUCAAAUCUUCCCUACCAAGGACACUUGCUUCAUGAUGGUACUACAUUCUGUAAUCCCAUGUGGUCCAGUAAAGAUGCGAAUGUCUCCUGUAUACAACUUGGGUACCCUGGAGUUAAUGUUGAACAGUGGAAUAGUUCUUAUUUUGGAAACAUCGGGAGUUUAUCUGGAGUAAGGACGUUGGAGAGAAGAUACAACUGCUCUGGGACCGAAGGUUCCUUGCAACUCUGUUCUCAGGCAAUUGGUAGCGAAAUAACGUGUGAGAAGGAGAAUGCUAUUAGUGUUACGUGUAUGUAUCUCAACGUUUUGUUCAUUUUAUAGUAAAUUAUAGAAGGGUUCCAAUAAGGCUGGCUGAUAAAAAAAUCAAGCUGAAUCUCCUAAUUCUAUUUAUUUUCCUUCAGAUACAAGACUACUCUAAACAAUAUAACGAAUUAACAUCAUUUUCUUGAUCUGAUAACUGCUGGUUGACUACCAUCUGUUGCGCGAUUGUGCUUGGUAAAACCCACGUAUACCUUUGAACAUUGUGAAACCGACUAUGUUGACACACUUUUUAUUUUUAUCUAGGCCAAUCAUACAUUCGUCUUCGUGGAUCCGAUAUUCCUCUUAAAGGUCGUGUUGAAAUCUUUCACCAAGGGACCUGGGGGACAGUGUGUACUUAUAACGGCGAAUCCUUCGCGACAAGUGCCCAAGUGGCAUGCUGGGAACUUGGUUUUAACGAUGCGGUACAACAUGGUCGUUGGGAGAGUCCGCUAGUCAGUGGAAAGAUUUGGUUAAAAGAUGUGAAAUGUUGGGGUGAUGAGAAAUCCUUGGUAUUUUGUCCACAUAAUAACUGGAAAUAUACUGGUUGUGGUCAUUAUUAUGACAGAUACGUUAAAUGUAAGUGACUUGAAGAGGGAAAAUUAUCAACUGAAUUGAAGUAGCAUAAAGCUAUUUGCAUACUAAUAAAUGAUAUAUAUCAUACACGAGCAGUGGCGUAGCCAGUCCGACGAUUCAACCCUGCUGUGCAAAUAUUGCCAUGUUUAUAAACUAUGAACACAAUCAAUUUCUGAGGAAAGGAAUAAUGAUAAUGAGUUGAAAUUUGAAUAGCGGGACCAAAUUGUCGGGCUGGCUACGCCACUGUACACGAGCAUGAGUUUAUUAAAAUGACUUCAAACUCGAAAACUGUGCUCAACAGCGAUGCGUUAACAGAGUUUUCCACGAUACUCUGAGAGUUGGAGUUGGUUCAAAAUGGAAACAGUAAACGACUUCGAGUUUAUUAUAUAUCUUCUCGAACAAACCAGCAUUUAAAGAAACAUGUUUAUCACUGUCAAAUCAAAACAACAAUAUGGUGUUGAUUUCCUUGCAUUUUUUGCAAGAAUUAUUCAUGAUUUGAUAAGAUGAAUACAUCACGACUGCUUUGCUGUUACCAUAGACAAUCCAGAAGACAUGUCUUCUGGAUUUUCUAUGCUGUUAUGAAUUAAUACAAAAGGCCAUUCGCUCACGGUAUGUGAAAUUGAGGUUUCCGGGUCAAGGGUAAUUACCGAAAGCGAAACAAAAUCCUAAAUUGUUUUUAGGUUCCAUUUGUUCCAAUGGCCUUCUCGAAGAUACUGCGUCGUUCCCAGACUCUGUCUUCAACGCAAGUGCCGCGCAAUUUCCAGACUUCGGCCCCAGUUCCGCGCGAUUGUACAGCCCUCAACCUUGGUGUUUACCCGAAAACCAUCCCUACGAAAACCAAUUCCUUGAGAUUAGUCUCCCUGGAAUUUUCUCCCUAUCGGCAGUUGCUACCGUUGGCGGGGAUAUGGGCUACGUGUCGUCAUAUAUACUGUCUUACAUGGUCAGCGGAUAUUCGUGGAAGUAUGCUACUGUAGGGACACAAAAGGUUAGGACAUGUCAUGGAAUUUGUUUAUCCCGGAAAACGUAUAUUUAAUGUGAUGCACAAGUGUUAUUAAGCCCUGAGUAGAUUAUGGGCAAACCAGGAAAUAUUUUAUCAGAAGCAUUUGAAAAUUGCCUGGCCUUAGCACCUUCGCUGCGGAAAUAAAAUUUCUUUCCAGCAAGCAAAAUUGGCUCCUAGCAAAUUCGAUAACAUGGUCUCUUCCCAAGUGUAUUUUUUGUUUCUGAAGCAAUAUUUCUUGGUUUGCUCACCUUCGAUGGGACAGCUAUAACGGCGGCAACUGAAUCCUAGUUUACCACCAACCUCGUUCCCAGGGCUUUUCCCUUUUUGUCAUUGGGAAGGCGGGAAAAGGCCCUGACACCGGUCGGUCACACGACUUUCAACACCCAGAUAUAGUGGGUGUGAUAAAUUAUAAUGAUAAUGAAUUAGAAAAUCCAAGAUGGCCGCCAACCAAAGAGUGUCCAUAAAAUUUAAGUGCUUAGAGCGGCUUAAAAAUGCGUUUAGUCUUUGAAAUUUUUCCUUCUUUUUGCUACCGACGUACUCGAAAUCAGAUUCUUCAGCUUUUAUUACAUGGGAACUAUGCAGUUGCUGUUCUUCCAACUGGGUUUGGUAAAUAUCGUUCGUUCGCUAGACAAAAUUAACAGCCAAAAUAUAAUAGUAUUACUACAGAUGUUCUCCAGCUGGACAGGCUUGCUUAAGAGGACACGGAAAGUGUUCCGAACUGGGGAUGUUAAACUUGGUGUUACCCUUCCAAAGACUCUGCUGUGCGACAAUUGGAGUGAGUUUAUGAGGAAUAUUUUAUACAGUCAUUCAAAGAAAUGUUUUUGCAUAUACUGUAUAUGUUAUUAUCUAUUGUUGAAUGUCACUUAUAUUAUAAAGUGCCAAUGGUUGGAAUAUUUAUUCAUUGAUAUUUUAAACACAGAUGAAGUGUAAUAUGCUCUUUCGUUGUUUACGUUUUCCUUGCAGCCAAAUGUUGAAGCUGGCAAGUUGCAAAACUGACAUAUGAGUGAUAUGACCCAAAUAUUGUAUAUGCAUCUCAGUUUGCUUCCAGUAAAAUUAUGUAAACAAGACCUUAAGAAUUCUAUAUGAGAUAAGAAAUAUUACGUUUAAAAUCAUAUAUGACUAGCAAAUUAUCAUGUGUGAAUUCAUGCUUCCUAAUAAUAGUAUGUACUCCAGUGAAGCUUGCUUGCUUCAAUUCUUGCUGUUACCAUCUGCACAUUAUCAGGGUGGAAAGUUGAUUUGAAUUUUUUUGUCCCAGGGGAUAAAGAUAGGGAAUAGAUUUUCAAUAACAAAAGGGACAAGGUGCCCAACCAGUUAGAAGAUGACAUGUACUUUAAGUGACCAUUCAUUAUACCCUAAGGUGGGUUUGGAGAUUCUUAUGUCAAAAUGUCAUGGGACCCCUUUUUAAUCUCUUCAUUUAAUAAUGGAGACCCCUCCUAAAUAUUUAAGACUAUAUAACAUGAUUCUAAUCUUCAUUCAUGUGAAUGCCUGACUAUGAAGAAAAUACAUUUUGCAACACUGGGAUGGGUCUAGCAUUAUCUGGUGGGGGGGGGGGGGGGGGGGGGUGCUCUGCGAGCUCUAGUGCCGAGUUGUGUCGGUCAUGUGUGCCACCCGCCCAUCAACUUGCUUCACUACUGCAAAGUCUUGCUUUACUACUGUAUUUGAAUUGUAACAGUUGUUCACAGCUCGCUUAUCGUGAUGUUAUUACUCAAACUACUGUAUUUCAUUUUGCCUGUACUAAUGUUUUGCUUUAUCAUGAAAAAUAGCACCCCCCUGCACCCCCUCUGGCCAGGGCUAGGAGGGUGCACACACUCCAGUAAAUCCAUCCCUGUUGCUACAUACACUAAGAGAGCUAGAAUGAUUGCUUCCUUUGGAUGAUUUGUCUUAGAAUUAUAUUACCUAUAUUACCACAAUUCUUCCGAUUCUGAAACCAGUUGCUAUCCUUACAACACUCACCCCCCCCCCCCCCCCCCCCCAAAAAAAAAAAACUCAACAAAUCAAGGACCCCAUCCAAGGCAAUUUUGCCAGAAAAAUAUAUUUAAUUUGAUGGUAACUGUUCUGAGAAUAUAUCAACUCAUUUAGUGGCAGCAUUCUGCCUAGACUUGCCACAAGUCGAUCUGGAACGAAACGCAAGCAGCGAGUGUGAGCUGACGUUUCGUUCGAGGUCCACUUGUGGCAAGUCUACAUUCUGCCCUUGAGUAAAAUUGUCUUACACCAGACUGAGUAAUAAACUAAAGUAGGGCACAUUGCCACUAUAAAGGGUUAAACCAAUUAAAAAAAAUUUGCAAUGGUCUAUAUUCAAAAAGUUCUAUUUGUAAAUGUUAACUGACUUUUAUAUACCUACUUAUACUUAUAUGUAGCUACCUUCCUCCAGUCACUUCAAGUGAAUUCUACGGGAGGAGGGGGACAUUGAAAAUCCAUGGGUUUACUUGGUAGCCUAAAAGCAAGAAUUGAACCAUGCAUUACGUGUAUAUCGAAAGCAAUUUUAAAUAUAUUUUAUCAUGCAAAUACCUUGAUAAUUGUUCUUAAACGUCUUUGGCUUAGAAUAGGUACACCUUCCAAAGGUGUUUAUUUACAGGGUCCAAAGGUGUAAAUAUACACUGUCCAAGGUGUAAAUAUAAACAACAAAAACAAUGUAUAUAAUUAAAUUUUAUUAAAUAAAAUGUGGAAUAUUUUACAAAUUGCAUUACAAUCCCAAAGUGUACAUAAUUAAUCAAUAUAAUUAGGACUUUGAAGCUGUUCACAUAAGUUUUACUCUGACCCAGCACCCUUGGCUAGCUCCCCUUGCCUGAUCACAAGUAGGCAAGCUCUAACCUCCUCUGACAAAUCAUUCCAGAUCUGCCCAAGAGGCAGGAUUUUCUGGAAUAUUAUUAGCAGUGAAAGUCUUGCAAAUUUUCAAGCAUGCAUUGUAACCUGAUUUUAAAGCCUGUUUGAACAUUAGAUAUUGUGGCAAUGGCAAGAUGGUCCAGCCAUAUGAAUACAAUCUUAAAAUAUCAUAAAAACAAUGCAAUUUAAGGCCAGACAGCCCAACUCCUGCGAACAACCCUUUAUUACACAUUUGAAGCAUCUCUUGAGACUCAAAGUACAUGCAGGCACAUGGAAUUACAUACGAGUAUGUGACAUAAGCCCACCAUUGCACAACUUUGUCUGCAACAAUGCAAAUAUAAUCAAGCUGGUAACGGAUUUUAUCACUAUUUUGAUAUAUACAUUAUGGGUCAUGUCUAAAGACACCUGCACUUUCAUAUUGAAAUUGUUCUAAUAUCAUCCAAACAAAACACAUCAGAAAACUGUAACAUCAGCCAAAUAAGCAAAUCACUUUUUUAACACAACUUAUGGUAAAAUGAAGCAACAUGUAAUAGUAUCUGAAACAAAACCAAAUCACAUAUUAUUCAAAAGUUGUAAACACUGUUGCAUAUACGAUAUAACAAAAUAUCGUCGCAUUUCUAGUGGUAACUAACUAUAAAUUAGGCCAAUUUAAACUCGACUAUGAAGAAUAUCAAAAACUAAAGGUCAUGUUUCAGUUUAUAAACCCAAACUUUAGUUUUAUAAAUAUAAAAUUAACGCUAUACGAAGCCAAUGAAGGCACAUUUUGCCCUAAAUCUAAAUACUCGGCCAGAGCCUCAGAGGUGUGUUCUAGUACACAAUUAAUCUUCUCUGUUCUCUCACAGUUUAAAACUAACAAUAAUACUAACCUUCGAUAAAUUGUGUAUAAAUCUUAUCGAAUUUAACCAUUUUGCCACAGAUUUCGCCAAAAAUAUUUCUUAAACGGACAAAGUAUAAUAAUAAUGGACACUCCUUGCGUGAAAAUGUUAAUUUAUCCCAAAGUUUGAAUUAAUUAAUGCGAGAUUGCAUUAUUUGCAUAAUAAUAUACUUGUCAUUGACCAAUCAGAAUACAUAGAAGCCCGGCCGGUGCCAGGGCCUUUUCCCGCCUUCCCUCCAGUGACAAAAAGGGAAAAGCCCUGGGAACGAGGUUGAGUUUACCACAUUCGAAAAACAUAGUAAAGAAACAACGUUUUGGGGUUUUCCCACCUUUGGGAAACAAAAAUUACGGGAAAAAGAACUAGAAAACACGGUUUGCCUACUUUCGAGAAACAUGGAAGGAUAUAAUGUCUCCUCAAAAAUAUUUCCUAUAAAAUUUUUCCGCAACGUUUUAGUGAAAUAUUGGAUCUUCUAUUUGAGAGAUAGUUGUUAGUCAUGUUAUAAUAGAUUAGAGUAUUAACCACUGUUUUUCGUAUCAUUCAGUUGAUAUUUGGUAAUACUAAUGAUGAAACUCACAAUGUCAUAAGAAGAGAUCUAGAUUUUGCAAUUCAAGCACAGAAAGUGAGAUUCACUCCUAAAACAUGGCAGCGUGUUCCUUGUAUGCGUGUGGAACUGUGCGGAAGGGGUGAGAAUGAAGAUACUUUUUUUUCAAUUAUUUCCUCUUUUACUCUUCAUCCAUUAUUUUUAUUUUUAUUCUCGUAGUAUUUUCUUCCAUUUGCCGGAUCAAUUGAAACACAUGACCCCCCCUCCCCGCUCCUCACUUCAAGUUCGCGCUGUAGAAAUUGCAUCGUUCUUUAAAAUGUCAAUACAAUUCUUCUUAGAAAUACCUCGAUGCAAUCCGCCAAACAUCAUGGUCAAAAACAUAACUUCAAAUUCCGUAUUGAUAUCUUGGCUCCCCCUACGUGUUCCCACCAAAACUAAGACUCUACACAAGAAAUAUUCAGUAACUAUAACGAGCGAUGUAGAACAACACAUCCAGUAUUCUAACAUCACUGAGCUAACGUCUCUGUUCAUAACAAACCUGAUUCCAUAUCAUCGUUAUAUGUAUACAGUAAAAGCCAUUGGUCUGGAAGAGUGUUUUGGGGAAGACUUUCCUUUGCAAACCAAACAAGCUGGUAAGUAA